CAUCUCCUUGCAGGUAUUAUGGCUGAUUGUGAUGACUAUCAUAACCUUCCCAAUAAAAGUGAGCAGUGUGAAUUUAUCUCACAGACAGAGUCCUGCGAAGAUAAUGAUGGACUUGUUCACUACUUAAAGUUUCCAUACUGUAACUUACCUGCUGCAAUUCCACUUGCAGAUAUCAUUCUCUUCGCUUGGAUUGGAUAUCUUUUCGUCUGUCUUGCUGUGACAGCUGAGGAUUAUUUCUGCCCUGCACUUACUUCUAUCUCAAAGAUGCUAAAGCUUUCUCAAAAUGUUGCUGGAGUUACUUUCCUGGCUCUUGGUAAUGGUUCACCUGAUAUCUUUAGUUGUAUCGCAGCAUUAGGCUCCGGAAAUAUAGAAACAUCUUUCCUUGCUCUAGGGGCCAUGUUUGGAGCUGGUCUGUUUGUGAACACAGUUGUGAUAGGUGCUGUAACAGUCUCACAAGACGGGUAUGUACUAGCCAGACGACCAUUUUUUAGAGAUUGUAUCUUUUAUCUAGCUGCAACGUACUGGACUUGGUAUAACUGCUAUAACAAACAGCUGAACCUGGCCACAGGUAUUGGAUACAUAGCACUCUAUGCGGCGUAUGUCUUCUUAGUAAUUAUUGGCAGGCUGGUGUUUCAAAAGUUCAUUAAGAAGCAAUCUCUCACAACAGCUGUCAAUCCUGAUCCAAACAUAGAUUCGAAUUAUGCUGCUGACACAAGGGGUGGCGAUCUUCUUAAUGUUGACCGAGAAAACAUCCCAAUUGUUGAAUCUGAUACGGAUGAAAACACGCAGCUAGGCCCAAUUGAAAUUGAUGAAGAUGGUGGGGGAGAUUGGACUGAAAUGCCUGGUGUUAGAUCUGCUGCAUUUACUAGAGCACUUGCUGUGGCUCAAACAUUGCCCUAUCUUGGUCAAGGCCAAUCCCAUCAAAGGUUUGGGUCAGUAAAUGGGUUAGAGACAGCAGAGACACCGCUUUUAAGACAUGAUAUUAGCUACAGCUCACCUCUGCAGGGGAACACAUCAGAAUAUGAAUAUCCUUCCUAUUCAAUGGGUGCUGUCAAACAAAUGGCCCACAAUUUUGUCCUUGCCAUGAACCCCAUUCAUCUGGACGACUGGGAGGCAGAAUAUUCGCUUAAAGAUAAAAUAUUCGAUGUUGUGAGUGCACCUGGGAACAUCAUUUUCAGGAUAAGCAUUCCUGUAGUCGAUCUUGAUGCUCCUCUGCUUGGAUGGAGCAAACUGCUAAAUUCUCUUCAGUUACUGAUCUGUCCUGUGAUUACCUGUCUACUGCUUGAGCAGACAAAUAAUACGCUUAUUUCUGUUCCUGUGCCAGUUAUAGCAGCAUGCAUUGGUUUUAUGUUCAUGAUCGUCAUGCUAUUAACGUCUUCUCAAGGAGAAACCCCAUUUUACUUCAAAGCAGUUUACACCCUUCUGGGCUUCCUCAUGAGCAUCCUGUGGAUCUACACUAUUGCUAACGAGAUUGUCAGCCUCCUCUCUGCUUUCGGGCACAUGUUUAUGAUAAAUGGGGCAAUUUUGGGACUCACUGUUUUGUCCUGGGCAAACAGUGUGGGGGAUCUGGUUUCAGACGUUGCUAUGGCAAAGCAGGGAUAUCCACAGAUGGCGGUGUCUGCUUGUAUUGGUGGUCCCUGCCUGAAUAUGCUUCUUGGAAUCGGUCUUGCUAGUACCAUUGCUAUUCUAAAGCAUGGUAGGCCCUUAGAGUUGAAACUGAGUGGCAGUUUGAUUAUAUCGUCAGCCUUUCUCAUGUUCACCAUCUGUGGACACUUAGUUGCUGUACCGCUGAUGAAGUUCAGAAUUAGAAAAUGGUAUGGAUAUUAUGUAUUUGCUUUGUAUGCUUGCUUUUUGGUCAUUGCUUUGCUAAAUGUCACACACGUCUUCGAAAUAAAUGGCUCCUGAUCUCUUACUGUAACGGUUGCUGAACAAGCAAGUUUUAAUAUUAGAUGUUAUCUAUCUGCCCUAAUCUGAUUUCAACUGUUUUAAUUUAUACUGAUUUAUUUUUAAUCCUAAUCUAAUAUCUAAAUUGAUUAUCUACGGCUUUGAUCGUCAUCGCCAGUUGAUCCAGACAAGAUGCAAUUUCAAAUUAUGUUUAUAGAAGCGUUAAUAUUUUGUGGAUAAUCCUUAAAGUGAUGUUGUUAGGUUUGAAUAUUUAUAGAAUGUGAUUUUAGAAAUUUAGACAUGAGUUUUUCUGAGAUUUAUGUUAGUUACUAAGGUUUCUAGUGAAAGACAUUGUUUCGAAAUCAUAUCUUUUAAUCAGAACUGAAACAGUGUUGUUUGAUGAAUUUAUCUGUCAGCACUCAGCUUUUGUUUUUUGAAGGUUGUAAUGUUUUAAAUGAGAAACUGUUCUUUUGCACGGAAAAAAAUAUGAGAAUUGUU